AUGGUGCAGGAUAUCAAGACCCGAUUCUUCAUUCUGGCCGACACCCACGCUAAAGAAUGGUGCCCGCCAAACCUCCCCGUCGACGUGGCCAUUCACUGUGGUGACUUAACAGACGGGUCCAAGAUGGAGGAAUUCCGCGCGUCGCUGGCUCUUCUUCGUGGUGUCAACGCACCACUGAAGCUCGUCAUUGCUGGGAACCACGACUUUACCCUCGACACCUUAGCCUACCAGAAAAAGGCCACAGAGGCCAACCGCCUCUUUUCGAUCGAUCCCGAGGUUAUGGCCAGAGAGUACGGUGGAUAUGGCGAUGCCCGUAAACUCCUAGACGAUGAUGACGGCGUCAUCCUUUUGGACGAAGGCACCCAUCACUUUGACCUUAGCAACGGUGCCCGAUUGACGGUCUACGCGAGCCCGUUCACCCCAUCAGCGGAAGCCGACUGGGGAUUCCAGUACCGGCAUAGGGAGGAUCACGACUACGCAAUCACCACCGACGUCGACAUCGUGAUUACCCACGGGCCGCCCAAGGGAGUGCUGGACCAAACAACGUCCAAACAACGUGGCGGGUGCGCCCAACUAUUUGCCGCCGUUGCGAGGGCUCGACCACGUCUCCACUGCUUCGGGCACAUCCACGAGGGGUGGGGAGCAAAGGUGGUUGCGUGGCGCGACACCCCCAGCGAGAACCCGUCCCACUUCACCGACAUCGACAACGACGCCUCUGUAGUUGUGGAAACGCUUGCGACGAUGCGGCCGGGCAAGUGGGACGAUGCCGAGACGGUUAGGGAGAAGGAGGCGUUGGCUGGGCGCUUGGCUACGCAGGGCUAUCGACAGACAAGCCACUGCGCCGGAGACGAUCAUCCCACAACCCCUGGGAAGGCGACCCUGUUUGUGAAUGCCGCCGUUCAGCCAAGGUUCGAGGAAGAUGGACCGCAGCCUCCCUGGGUUGUUGAUAUUGACCUCCCACCAACGAUUGUAUAA